CUCUCUUGUAGCUCCCUAAUUUUUCCAAACUUUGCUUAAAAUGGCUGAUGCUAGCAAGACAACAGGGCCGCAACCAGCAAAGCCCAAGCGCCUUGUCUUGUGCUUUGAUGGGACGGGUAACAAGUUCCUCGGAAACGAAGCCGACACCAACAUAGUGAAACUAUAUCAGCUCUUAGAUCGCCGUAAUCCGGAUCAAUACCAUUACUAUCAACCCGGCAUAGGUACUUAUAUUGAGAAUGAUACUUCCAAUGCGUCGUCCGGGGGAGGCCUUUGGCACCGAAUCAAAGCAUCGGUAUACAGUAGCAUCGACCAAGGUAUUGCGACUUCUUUCGUGGACCACGUUGUCGCUGGGUAUCGCUUCCUGAUGCGCUACUAUUCCGAAGGAGAUCAGAUAUACAUCUUCGGUUUCUCCCGCGGCGCCUACACCGCCCGCUUCCUGGCUGAAAUGGUUUACAAGAUCGGCCUUCUAUCUCGCGGUAACGAGGAAAUGGUGAAAUUCGCAUGGAACACCUUCUCAGAUUAUCAGCGUACCAAGGGAAAUGUUCCGCAAACUAGAGAGGACAUCGCUCGCGUCGAGUUUAUGAGGAAGUUCAGACAAACCUUCUGUCACGUCAAUGCGGAAGGGAAGCCUGUUAAUGUUUACUUCCUCGGUCUCUUCGAUUGUGUGAACAGUGUUGGGACAUUUGAACUUCCUAUGCACCAGAAAUCCUAUGAGGUCAUCGCGUCCCCCCCUGCGAGGUGGAUCCGUCACGCGAUAUCCAUUCACGAACGAAGAUUAAAAUUCAAGCCAGCCUUGUUCAAUAUUGACGACGAUGCGGCGAAGACCUAUGAGUGCGAUGUCAAGGAGGUUUGGUUUUCGGGUAAUCAUGGUGACGUCGGAGGUGGUUGGGGCCUCGCAGAUGACCAAAAGAAGCUUCUCUCCGACAUCCCGCUCCAAUGGAUGCUUCAGGAGCUCGAUCAGCUACCCGAUGAAGGCAAGCUUGCUUGGAAGAAACCUCGAAUUUUGAGUUCCACCCCAGAGCCGCCAGAGAAGAGAGGUUGGUUUGCGAGCAUAUUUUUUAAGGGUCCGCUAUCUCCUCAUGAAGCACGCCUGAAGACAAGUAAGCCACACGAUGUGCUUGCUUUCGGCGGCGGCAUAUCGCGCUUUGGGACAAUUGGGUGGUGGGUGCUCGAAGUCCUCCCUUUCUUCUCACGUCUCGAGCUAGAAGAUGGGAAAUGGGUCCCUCGACAUUUCCCACCCAAUCUUGGCGCUUCGCGGGACAUUCCUUCUAAGGCAAUCAUUCAUCCUUCGGUUGAAGCGAUGUAUCGCGCAGGAGUUCUGACUACCGAUCAAAUGCCAGUCCUUGGUGGCACUGAGUCGGAAACGCAGAAACUCUUCCGGGUUAAGGCGUUCACGUCAACUUGGGAUACCCUGCGGAAAACUCGGGCAAAGGAAGCAAAAGACCAGAACCUAGAACAGCUGGAAGCGAAGUGUUGGGAUAACGUUGGGAAUGUUGCAGCUCGAAACUGGAGCCUGGCUUAAGUGUUCUUUGAAUAGUGAAGUCGGUGAGAAAGAUGAUGGAUAUAUUAUUUGUGUUCGCAGGAAUUCGGAGCCAUAACUCUUGCCAAGGAUGGUACAUGCACAGCACGUGAAAAUCUGCUGCAUGGAUGGAGCUCCAGAACUUGCCAGCCAUUGUCUAAGAUAUCCUAUCUAAUAUUUAUAGGGAUACACGGA